GGAGAUGGAGGGGUGGAAGGGGGCGGGAGAGGCAACGGAGGGAGAUGAGGAGAUACGUGGGAGCGAGGGAGCAAGGGAGGGAGAGAAGGAGGUAGAGAAGAGCGGAGGAGAGGGGAGGGAGCGCAGCUUGGUUGCUCCGUAGUACGGCGGCUCGCGAGGGAGAAUCCCUAGCGGGCUCCGGGACGCACGGAGAGGCGGGCAGGCGGGCGGGGAUGGUGUGUUGGGCUGAGGCUCCUGCGUCCCUCUCCGCCGCAAGUGAGCUGCACUGAUUUGUCCCUGGGGCGGCAGCGCGGACCCGCCUGGAGAUGAGGCGUCAAUUAGCAAGGUAAAAGUAACAGAACCAUGGCUCAGUUUCCAACACCUUUUGGAGGCAGCCUGGAUAUCUGGGCCAUAACUGUAGAGGAAAGAGCAAAGCACGAUCAACAGUUUCAUAGUUUAAAGCCAAUAUCCGGAUUUAUUACUGGUGAUCAAGCUAGAAACUUUUUUUUUCAAUCUGGGUUACCUCAGCCUGUUUUAGCACAGAUAUGGGCGCUAGCUGAUAUGAACAAUGACGGGCGAAUGGAUCAAGUGGAGUUUUCCAUAGCUAUGAAACUUAUCAAACUGAAACUGCAAGGGUACCAACUCCCUUCCACACUUCCCCCUGUCAUGAAACAGCAGCCGGUCGCUAUUUCUAGUGCACCAGCCUUUGGAAUAGGAGGCAUCGCCAGCAUGCCGCCACUCACAGCUGUUGCUCCGGUGCCAAUGGGAUCCAUUCCAGUUGUCGGAAUGUCUCCACCUCUAGUAUCUUCUGUUCCUACAGCAGCAGUGCCUCCCCUGGCUAACGGGGCUCCCCCUGUUAUACAACCUCUACCCGCAUUUGCUCAUCCUGCAGCCACAUUGCCAAAGAGCUCUUCCUUCAGUAGAUCUGGUCCAGGGUCACAAUUAAACACUAAAUUACAGAAGGCACAGUCAUUUGAUGUGGCUAGUGCCCCUCCCGCGGCAGAAUGGGCUGUCCCUCAGUCAUCCAGACUGAAAUACAGACAGUUAUUCAAUAGUCAUGACAAAACUAUGAGUGGACACUUAACAGGUCCCCAAGCAAGAACUAUUCUUAUGCAAUCAAGUUUACCACAGGCUCAGCUGGCUUCAAUUUGGAAUCUUUCUGACAUUGAUCAAGAUGGAAAACUCACAGCAGAAGAAUUUAUCCUGGCUAUGCACCUGAUUGAUGUAGCGAUGUCUGGCCAACCACUGCCACCUGUCCUGCCUCCAGAGUACAUUCCGCCUUCCUUUAGACGAGUUCGAUCUGGCAGUGGUAUAUCUGUCAUCAGCUCAACGGCAGUAGAUCAGAGGUUACCAGAGGAACCAGUUUUAGAAGAUGAGCAACAACAGCUAGAGAAGAAAUUGCCUGUAACAUUUGAGGAUAAGAAGCGUGAGAAUUUUGAGCGUGGCAACCUGGAACUGGAGAAGCGGAGGCAGGCUCUCCUGGAACAGCAGCGCAAAGAGCAGGAGCGCCUGGCCCAGCUCGAGCGCGCGGAGCAGGAGAGGAAAGAGCGGGAGCGCCAGGAGCAGGAGCGCAAGAGACAACUGGAGCUGGAGAAGCAACUGGAAAAGCAGCGGGAACUAGAACGGCAGAGAGAGGAGGAGAGGAGGAAGGAAAUCGAGAGACGGGAGGCUGCAAAACGAGAACUUGAAAGGCAACGACAACUUGAAUGGGAACGGAAUCGAAGACAAGAACUACUCAAUCAAAGAAACAAAGAACAAGAAGACAUAGUUGUACUGAAAGCAAAGAAAAAGACUCUGGAAUUUGAAUUAGAAGCUCUAAAUGAUAAAAAGCAUCAACUAGAAGGAAAACUUCAAGAUAUCAGAUGUCGAUUGACCACCCAAAGGCAAGAAAUUGAGAGUACGAACAAAUCCAGAGAGUUGAGGAUUGCAGAAAUCACCCAUCUACAGCAACAGUUACAGGAGGCUCAACAAAUGCUUGGAAGACUUAUUCCAGAGAAACAGAUACUCAAUGACCAAUUAAAACAAGUUCAGCAAAACAGUUUACACAGAGAUUCACUUCUGACACUCAAAAGAGCGUUAGAAGCAAAAGAAGUGGCUCGUCAGCAGCUCCGAGACCAGCUGGAUGAAGUUGAGAAAGAAACCAGGUCAAAACUACAGGAGAUUGAUAUUUUCAAUAAUCAGCUGAAGGAACUGAGAGAAAUACAUAAUAAGCAACAACUCCAGAAACAAAAGUCCAUAGAGGCCGAACGUCUGAAACAAAAAGAACAAGAGCGAAAGAUCAUAGAAUUAGAAAAACAAAAAGAAGAAGCCCAAAGACGAGCUCAGGAGAGGGACAAGCUGUGGACCGAGCACACGCAGCCGGACAAUGAGCAGCAGCGGCCAAGGAAGAUUCACGAUGAAGAGAAACUCAGAAGGGAGGAGAGUGUCAAGAAGAAGGACGGCGAGGAGAAGGGCAAACUGGACACACAGGACAAGAUGAGUCGGCUUUUCCAUCAGCAUCAAGAACCCGCCAAGCCAGCUGUCCAGGCACCCUGGUCCACCACAGAAAAAGGCCCACUUACAAUUUCCGCACAGGAGAAUGUAAAGGUGGUGUAUUACCGAGCGCUCUAUCCCUUUGAAUCCAGAAGUCAUGAUGAGAUCACGAUCCAGCCCGGAGAUAUAGUAAUGGUUAAAGGGGAAUGGGUGGAUGAAAGCCAAACUGGAGAACCGGGCUGGCUUGGAGGAGAAUUAAAAGGAAAGACAGGAUGGUUCCCUGCAAACUAUGCAGAGAAAAUCCCAGAAAACGAGGUUCCUGCUCCAGUCAAACCUGGGCCCGACACGACCUCUACCCCUGCACCCAAACUGGCCGUGCGUGAGACCCCCGCUCCUGUGGCUGUGACCGCUCCAGAGCCCUCCACGACCCCCAACAACUGGGCUGAUUUCAGCUCCACGUGGCCCACCAGCACGAAUGAGAAGCCAGAAACCGACAACUGGGACGCGUGGGCAGCCCAGCCCUCACUCACCGUCCCAAGUGCAGGCCAGCUACGGCAGAGGUCAGCCUUCACUCCAGCCACGGCCACGGGCUCGUCUCCAUCCCCUGUGUUAGGCCAGGGUGAGAAGGUGGAGGGGCUACAAGCGCAAGCCCUGUAUCCUUGGAGAGCCAAAAAAGACAACCACUUAAAUUUUAACAAAAAUGAUGUCAUCACCGUCCUGGAACAGCAAGACAUGUGGUGGUUUGGAGAAGUUCAAGGUCAGAAGGGUUGGUUCCCCAAGUCUUACGUGAAACUCAUUUCAGGGCCCAUAAGGAAAUCUACAAGCAUCGAUUCUGGUUCUUCAGAAAGUCCCGCUAGUCUAAAGAGAGUAGCAUCUCCAGCAGCCAAGCCAGCCGUUUCGGGAGAAGAAUUUAUUGCCAUGUACACUUACGAGAGUUCUGAGCAAGGCGAUUUAACCUUUCAGCAAGGGGAUGUGAUUUUGGUUACCAAGAAAGAUGGUGACUGGUGGACAGGAACAGUGGGCGACAAGUCUGGAGUCUUCCCUUCUAACUAUGUGAGGCUUAAAGAUUCAGAGGGCUCUGGAACUGCUGGGAAAACAGGGAGUUUAGGAAAAAAACCUGAAAUCGCACAGGUGAUUGCCUGCUACACUGCCACGGGUCCGGAGCAGCUCACCCUGGCCCCUGGUCAGCUGAUUUUGAUCCGAAAAAAGAACCCAGGUGGAUGGUGGGAAGGAGAGCUGCAAGCACGUGGGAAAAAGCGCCAGAUAGGCUGGUUCCCCGCUAAUUAUGUAAAACUUUUAAGCCCCGGGACGAGCAAAAUCACUCCAACGGAGCCACCGAAGCCGACGGCGUUACCGGCAGUGUGCCAGGUGAUCGGCAUGUACGACUACAUCGCCCAGAACGACGAUGAACUGGCCUUCAACAAGGGCCAGAUCAUCAACGUCCUCAACAAGGAGGACCCCGACUGGUGGAAAGGAGAAGUCAAUGGACAAGUGGGGCUCUUUCCCUCCAACUACGUGAAGCUGACCACAGACAUGGACCCAAGCCAGCAAUAAUGGAAGCUCCAUGAAAGCAGGGACCUGAGCGCAGCUAUGCAGUUGCUGGAAAUGAGCAGGAAAUGUCCCGGGCUCAGGUUGUCUCUUGUGUCCCACCGGGGUCAGUUUGCCAAGUUAGGAGAGACCGCAGGGGACCGGGCUAUGCUUAGACCCUCGAGAAGAAAGUUCCACUGGGACGAGGAGGAUGCCUGCCCCGCUGGACCGCCAGAGCUGGGUCCCGGGACUGGCCAGCCAAGGGUCACUGUCAGAGGAGACACAGCCGCCUUGACCCAGCCUGGCUACCGCCGGCCCAACAGCCUCGGGCGCCACGGACCAGACCAUCCUCACAGCCAGGUCUCUCGGGAAUGCAUCGGGAGAGGAACGGGGAUCGGCCACCCUCGGGCCCACUCUUUGGUUUUCUUGUGGGUCUCCAUCUCCCAAGACAGCAAGAGCGGAGGGCUUAUUCCUGAUAGCAGAAGUCACCGUGCACCUGUGGACUCCGCUGUCCCAUCGAUACAAGGAGGCCGAUGAGCAGAGUGACCUUUUUGAGCUCUAUGCCUAGCAUUGGGGGUCAGGUGGCGGCAGUGUGACCUCCAGGGACACAGCGUCAGAGGCUUGUCUGAGCUCCAGGCCAUGGACGGAGGGACGGCAUUCUGGGUUACAACCAUAGUUCCCUUUGGACAAGUCGCUUGAGGGACCCACCUGGGUCUGGAAUCGGUUCAACAAUUGUGACGCUCUCGUGCUACAUGAGCCUGGACAGAUCUAGUUUCUGAAUUUUGCUCCCUUUCCGCACCAGGUGUCUUGAUUUCGGGGCUCCCUCUGAUGGAGUGGUCCUCACUCUGGGCUGCACGUGGGAGCCUCCUGGAAGCUUCCACAUGUUACAGAGGCCCGGGCGGAACCCCGGCCAGGUGGAUUUGAUUGGUCCGGGCUACCGAAGGGACGUCGGGCCUUCUAAAUCUCCUUAGGUGAUUCCAAACAUGCAGCCAUUCUCAGGGGCCACAGCCCUCACCCAGCCUCCGUGAAGCUGCCACCGCGAUCCUUCCGAGACACGGCCCGGACCUUUCCCAGCUCUGCAACCAAGACAAAAAUGUAGACGUCUCACUCUGCAGUUCAAACUCCUUGACUGUACCCCCCCCCCCCCCGCCCCGGGCCGAACUGUGUCCCCCUCCCCCACCAGAUUGAAACGUUGAAGCCCUUCCCCCCAGUACCUCAGAAUAUGACUGUUUCUGGAGCUGGGACCUUAAAGAGGUCAUUAAGUUAAGAUGAGGCCAUUAGGGUGGACCCUACCUCCAAUGUGAAGAGGACAUUUGGACGCAAAGAGUCACCAGCAAUGAUUUUGUAACAGAAGAAAGGCCAUGUGAGGAUGCAGGGACAAGAUGGCCACCUGCCCGCUAAGGAGAGAGACCUUAGAAGAAAUCAGACCUGCUGGUACCUUGAUCUUGGACUUGCUGCCUCCGGCGCUGUGAGACUCCAUUUCUCACGUGUGAGCCCCGUGGUCUGUGGGACGUGGUUACAGCAGCGUUGGCUGACUAAUACAUCACCUUCCCAGCAAGGCAGGAGGCAUGGUGGUUCAGAACAGUAACUCCGGGGUAGGACCCCCUCUGCCAUUGAUUAACUGAGGCUUUGGCAAGUCACUUAACUUCUCUGUGCCUCAGUUUCCCUGUCUGUUCAAUGGGAGAAUAGGCAUAGUAGCUGCCACACAGGAUUGUCGGUGAGGACUCUGUGAGUUCACAUACAUACAGCGCCUGGAACCGUGUGGCUCACGCGAGCAUGCCGUGUUGACUUUCUUUACUCCCUGUUACCCCAGCUUCUGCUUUCUCUCCUCACUGCUUCCUCUCUAUUCCCCUUUUCUCCAACCGCUUCCUCUACUUGGAUCCCUCGCUACUUCCCCACCCGAAACUGCCAUGUGCCUGAUGGAGUCCAAGCCAAAUCCCUGCUUCUCCGGAAGAUAUUCCCAGGUCCCUCUAGUGAAACCCACUGCCUCUCGUUCCAAUAAACACGUGUCUGUACUUCUAACACCCCAGCCUGCUUUGUGUACCCGAAGGAUUUACUUGCGGCCGCUGCUGAGGGUCCCUGAGAUACCGCAGGGUGGUGGGCAUUGAAAGCAGAAGCUCGGCAAGAAAGGAAAGCAAAGGUGGUAACAUCAGUGGGGCCAGGAAUGAGCGAACGAGGGCACACCGUGGGAUGCUCGAGGCCGCACCAGGGAUCCCAGCAUCCGUUAUAAAGCCAUGAACGCCAUGUCUUUAGUUAAAAGUGACCUAUGGCAAAUUAAGAGAGAACCUAUCCCUGAGAGUAAUUUGAUUUUUGCGAAUUCUCAAUAGUCAUUAAACUGCCUGGCACCCCAUGUAGACUGGAUUCCCCUUCUUAGAAGAAUUGUUAUUCUUCUGGAAGCCACCUUGACCCUUUGAAGCUACGGGGUUAAUGCUGAGUGUGGCUGAAUGGAAGCCCCCAGAGGGACCCAGCCUAAUGGGUCUAGCGAGUUCCCCCAGACAGGCCGGAGAGGGCUGCCUGGGUUCAGUUGGACAUAAGGCAUCGGGGGGGGGGGGUCUUUGGUGCCAUCAGGUGACAUUCCCCCUCCCCCCACUACAGGUCCCCAUGCCCAUCCAGCUCCUCUAAACCCCCAUAAGAAUCCAGUCUUAAGGACUUCAACGCUGAGGUCUCAGGGACGGGCAGCUUGCAGUGAUGCCCUUUGUGAGUUUCCUGUGCCUUGGCCAGAACCAGAGUCUAGGUGGGAUGCCCGAGCCUCUGGUAGACCAGGGCUCCCCAAGGACAAGGACCCAGCCCGCCUCAUUCACCACCAAGUCCCAGCUCCAAGCACAGCUGCACAGGGGGAGCGCACAAGUUCACAGCUUAGAGAAUGGGAUUGUGGGGGGAGAGCGGGGGAGGGGGGAGUGCUCUGGCCGGAGAACCUUCUUUAUGUUGUAUCCAUGGCAGCCUUUCCUACAUGACAAGCCAUCCCACAUGUGCCAUUCUGUCCAGGAGGUUGAAGGCAAUGCAAUCAGACUCAUUUUCCCAGAAAAAUCCAGUGUAGCCUGGCAGGAGCCAUGAGAGCCACGAGGCCCCUGUUCCCUCCAUUGAGGCCCGCCCUGGAGAAGGCUUCGGUGUAGACAGGAGCUCCAGCUCCAACAGGUAUCCUGGUGGGCGAGGCCAUUUAGCCGGAGAAUUUGGGCAGAAUGUCCCCACAGACACUGGUAUAUCCUUUCUCUUAAAGGUGAAAAACCAUUGCCUGAGUUUCCAUAUUGUGGGAUUUCUCACCUGGCCCCUCUGGCAUUAUGCCUUCUGUGAUGUCCUGUACUGCCCACCUUAUUGCCUUCCCGCUUCCCACCUUAUCUUCCAUAGUGUCCCUGCACCUACUUGGCAUACUGGCCCCACACCCCCAACAUAAUGGCCCCAUCCUCCCUGAUGCAGAACCCCCCCCCCCCCCCACACACACACACAAGUGGGACCUCCUCGCAGAGCCUUCCUCCCUCGGGACAAGGAGCAUGUACUUCUGAGCCCUGCAGACCCUACCAUCCUCGCAGACCUGCAGGAACGUUCUUCACUGCUUGCUAUUUCAAAUUUAAUUUCCAUGUUCGCGUCUCCCUCCCAGCUGUGAGUUUCCUUGAGGACAAGGGCAUUACCUUGCUCAUUCCUGUGUCUCUUGGGCUUCGUAGGAACUUAAUAAAUAUUUAUUGACCAUCUUAGAGUAUAUUUUGGCCCUUUCAUAACAGGAACGAGGCCUGUUUAUUUGGUUUGUCCAGUGGCCGGCUUGCUGUGGGGGCUGGUUUGGUUUUUAAAAUCAUGGACCUUGUUGAGAACGGAAGGAGAAGGGUUGGGAAUGAGAGGGGCGAUGCCCCGGUUGUACCCUAAGUCCUUCCGUAUGCUUUGAACUGUUUACAUCGAGCAUGUGUUUAUGUACUACUGUUGCAAUAAAGCAAUUUAUUUAGAUUAUGCUGUUCCUA